CAUCAGCGCCAUCGCCAUCACGGCUGCAUCCCUCCUCCCCGCACAUUCUCGCCUGUGCAGCCUCCGGGGGAACUUCUCCACUCACUUCCAGGACGCCGACCGUUUCGGACGCUUGUGAGGGAAUGUUUGCAAGAAGGAUGCUGGGCCUCUUUGGAUGCUUUUCUUGCCUUUUUCUGGCCUCUGUCGCACACGCAGAUGGCCGAGUGUUCGUGGUGGAGUUGAACAACUCUUCCAGUCUUCCGGGCUUCCAGGAGGCCGAGCGGGCUUGCGCCUCCCAGCAGGCCCGCUUGGCGUCGGCGGCCGAGCUCCGCCACGCCGUCGCGGAGUGCUUCUUCUCUCUGUGCACCCACGGGUGGCUCCACGGCGGCACCGUGGGGACCACAGUGUGUAAUUACGUGGGUGGCUCGUUGAAAGCCGUGGACGUGAGAACAGAAAACGCAACAGGCGACGCCACGCAAUCGAGCGGCUUCUGUAUUAAAGACAAAGGCGUGCCGUGCGGCGACCCUCCGUCUUUCCCCAACGCCCGCCUGCAGGAUCACAGCGGCUUCGAGCUGGGGGACGAGCUGCUCUACUCGUGCGUGCCGGGCUACGUCAUGCCUAACGGUCACAGCGCCUUCAGCCUGCUGUGCGACAGCUGCGGCGAGUGGUACGGCCUGGUGCAGAUCUGUGUCAAAGAUUCGACUGAGGGUCACAUGGACUACGAGGACAAGUUCUCGUACGCGGAAGAGGAGCACCAGAGCGAGGAUAACGGGCCGGUGGAAGUUCAUGGCCGGGUCUACGAGGAGGUUCAUGGAGAAACCCAAUCGGAGGAACCCAGGGGUCAAGAGUUGGAAGAGAUGAGCUUCACCAUCAAAGGGGAGGAGACAGAAGACCAUGGUCAGCAGGAAGUGGAGGUGGACAUUAUGGAGGAACAGGACAUAGAGGACUCUGCAGGACAUCAAGGUUGGGAGGACGACAAACGUGAGACGACCACUACCACCACAGAAGCGCCCGUGUCUCUGGUGUCGCAGAAACAUCGCUUCUGGUUUCCCUCGGAGGCCUUCCAGCAGCAGGAGGAACACCUCCUGUCCGUGGACCACGUCACUCAGAUCCCUCAAAGGCCCUUGGCGGGCCAGUCGGAGGAGAGCAGUGUUGAGCACCAUGGAAAUGAUGACCAACAGGGUCAAGCAGAACAAGAUGUUACCGUUGAAGAACUGGACGACCACCAUGACCACUAUGACAUGGGUGAGCAUGAGGAGGAACGUGUUCACUACGACGACCGGCGUGAAAGCGAUGAGGAGCCUGGGGCCGUCGUGACUGACGGUCAUCACGUGCAUCCGGAGGGUUCUGAAGAGCACCCAGACCAGGAAGACCGUGACGAUCAUGACAACAAGGAUCAAGACGACCAUGAUGACCAUUUCCACCACGUGGAUCAUGACGACGACCAUGACCACCAUGACGAUCGUGACAACCCUGAGGAUGACGACAACCAAGGGGAUCUCGAGGACCGGGAGGGUCAUGAUGAACAUGAGGAUCAUGAGGACCAUGAGGACCAAGAGGACCAUGAUGAACAUGAGGAUCCUGACGACCAAGAGGAUCACGAGAACCGUGAUGACCAUGACAACUAUUUCGACCCCGUGGAUCCCGAUGAGCAUGUUGACCAUGACGAUCAGGACCACCACAAGGACCGUUAUGGAGACACCGACGACCAGGAUGACUUUGAUAAUGGAAGGCGAGACGACAAUGACAGCUACGACCACCACGACAGCCAUGAAGAUGAUCACGAAGGUGAUCAACGUGUCGUCUUCUCCAAAACAAGAGAAAGAACCCGGAACACCACCCAGGAGGAAACAGGACAAGUGGCCACCACUGAUGACACUUGGCUGGACGGGCACCCGGUGGCAGGGGAGGAUGUGGCCAGGGAGACGGCUGCAAGGGCAACACACAACCCCAAUGAGGUGGGGAAGAACAUCCCUGAAGAAUGGGAGACCCCCGUUCCGGACAACCCUGCGUCAUCCUCAGACUCUGCAUCUUCUCUGGAGUACGACACUCAGCAGGUGGUGCCCACCCACUCCUGGCUGCUGAACCUCACACAGCACCCUUUCAUCCAUCACGACCCGGCGCACGACGACACCGUGGAGCACACCCCGCACCGCCUGCCCGGCGAGACCGGCGAGAGGGGCCAAGUGGAAGGAGAGGCCGGGGAGACCAUCUGCGUCGGGGAGAGCUGCCCGCCGGCCGGUACGAAGAGCCGGGGUCCCACCGUGGCGGCCAUCAUCGCGGCUGUGUGCUUGGUAGCGGCGGCCAUCGUGGUCGCGGUCUGGUGUUACCGGCGGCGGCAGCAGAAGAGUUCGGUGUACGAGAUGAACGGGAAGGGACAAAGUCAGAGCAACCAGCAGAUGGAGAUGCAGCAGAAGGUUUAGUAGGACGAUGGCCGAGACUUUAGGGGGGACCCCUCCCAAAUCUUUUGGGAAAGGAGUCGGACUGCAGAAGGACACUAAACCCUCCAACGCUGUCAAUCCGGAGGUUUGGAUUUGGAAGAUUUUUUCAAUUGCUUUUGAGGAGACAAAUGGUCCGUAAGCGCAGGAAAUACGGUAGCUGUCAAUCACCAAUCAAUAAGUUUGAUGAGUACUACGAUUGACGUCGCUGCCGCCUUGCCAAAGGGUACCAUGUCCCCUCGCUACUUCACUUCCUGCCGAUCUUAAAGUACCUUUCAAUAGCCAUUGAAGUUUCCCUGUUAAAAUGAUGUCGCUUUUAGAGAACGGGUGCUCCAUGACCCCCAGGGGGUACACAGAGAUACCGCAAGGGUUGAUUUGAGUUUUUAAAAAGUAUUUUUAUAUAGUCCCCAACACACUUUUCUAUAAACGUAAACAUUGAUCCGACACACGUAGUGUAACGCAUAAAAAGCAGUGACCAUAUUCACUGUACCUCACCAGUAAAAGCAGAAAUAACAAUUGUAUUAUUGUAUUGGUGUUAGCAUCGAAGAUAGCUAGCAAUUAGCGGCACAAGUUGCAAGUUAGAGAUUAUAACACUGGUUUGUCUACGAGCAAUUACCAUCUAAUUGCCAUCUAGCGAUUAGCAGCACAUGUUGGCAAUUAGCGAUUAGCUGUGCAAGUUGUCAGUUAGCGAUUAGCAAAUUAGUUGUCAGCAAGCGAUUAGUGCACCAGUUGUCAGCUACCGAUUAGAACACGAGUGGUCAGAUAGCAAUUACCGCAAAUUGUCAGCUAGCAAUUAGGAGAUUGUUGUAAGCUAGUAAUUAGUGCACCAGUUGUCAGCUACGAAUUACACCACGAGUAGUCAGAUAGCAAUUACCGCAAAUUGUCAGCUAACAAUUAGCAGACUAGUUGUAAGCUAGUAAUUAGUGCACCAGUUGUCAGCUACCGAUUGGAACACGAGUUGUCAGAGAGCAAUUACCGCAAAUUGUCAGCUAGCAAUUUGGGGACUAGUUGUAAGAUAGAAAUUAGUGCACCAGUUGUCAGCUACCGAUUAGAACACGAGUUGUCAGAUAGCAAUUACCGCAAAUUGUCAGCUAGCAAUUAGCAGACUAGUUGUAAGCUAGUAUUAGUGCACCAGUUGUCAGCUACCGAUUAGAACACGAGUUGUCAGAUAGCAAUUACAGCAAAUUUUUAGCUGGCAAUUAGGGGAAUAGUUGUAAGCUAGAAAUUAGUGCACCAGUUGUCAGCUACCGAUUAGAACACCAGUUGUCAGAUAGCAAUUACCGCAAAUUGGCAGCUAACAAUUAGCAGACUAGUUGUAAGCUAGUAAUUAGUGCACCAGUUGUCAGCUACCGAUUAGAACACGAUUUGUCAGAGAGCAAUUACAGCAAAUUGUCAGCUAGCAAUUUGGGGACUAGUUGUAAGCUAGAAAUUAGUGCACCAGUUGUCAGCUACCGAUUAGAACACGAGUUGUCAGAUAGCAAUUACGGCAAAUUUUUAGCUGGCAAUUAGGGGAAUAGUUGUAAGCUAGAAAUUAGUGCACCAGUUGUCAGCUACCGAUUAGAACACGAGUUGUCAGAUAGCUAUUACCGCAAAUUGGCAGCUAACUAUCAGGGGACUAGUUGUAAGCUAGUAAUUAUUGCAACAGUUGUCAGCUACCGAUUAGAACAAGAGUUGUCAGAUAGAAAUUACCGCAAAUUGUCAGCUAGAUAUUAGCAGACUAGUUGUACGGUAGUAAUUAGUGCACCAGUUGUCAGCUACCGAUUAGAACACCAGUUGUCAUAUAGCAAUUAACGCAAAUCGUCAGCUAGCAAUUAGGGGACUAGUUGUAAACUAGUAAUUAGUGCACCAGUUGUCAGCUACCGAUUAGAACAAGAGUUGUCAGAUAGAAAUUACCGCAAAUUGUCAGCUAGCAAUUAGCAGACUAGUUGUAAGCUAGUAAUUAGUGCACCAGUUGUCAGCUACCGAUUACAACACCAGUUGUCAUAUAGCAAUUAACGCAAAUCGUCAGCUAGCAAUUAGGGGACUAGUUGUAAACUAGUAAUUAGUGCACCAGUUGUCAGCUACCGAUUAGAACAAGAGUUGUCAGAUAGAAAUUACCGCAAAUUGUCAGCUAGAUAUUAGCAGACUAGUUGUAAGGUAGUAAUUAGUGCACCAGUUGUCAGCUACCGAUUACAAGACAAGUUGUCGGAUAGAAAUUACCGCAAAUUGUCAGCUAGCAAUUAGCAGACUAGUUGUAAGCUAGUAAUCAGUGCACCAGUUGUCAGCUACCGAUUACAACAAGAGUUGUCAGAUAGCAAUCAUCGCAAAUUGUCAGCUAGCAAUUAGGGGACUAGUUGUAAGCUAGUAACUAGUCCACCAGUUGUCAGCUACCGAUUAGAACACGAGUUGUCAGAGAGCAAUUACCGCAAAUUGUCAGCUAGCAAUUUGGGGACUAGUUGUAAGCUAGAAAUUAGUGCACCAGUUGUCAGCUACCGAUUAGAACACGAGUUGUCAGAUAGCAAUUACCGCGAAUUGUCAGCUAGCAAUUUGGGGACUAGUUGUAAGCCAGAAAUGAGUGCACCAGUUUUCAGCUACCGAUUAAACCAAUGGUUGUCAGAUAGCAAUUACCGCAAAUUGUCAGCUAGCAAUUAGGGGACUAGUUGUAAUCUAGUAAUUAUUGCAUUAGUUGUCAGCUACCGAUUAGAACACCAGUUGUCAGAUAGCAAUUAACGCAAAUCGUCAGCUAGCAAUUAGGGGACUAGUUGUAAGCUACUAAUUAGUGCACCAGUUGUCAGCUACCGAUUAGAACACGAGUUGUCAGAUAGCAAUUACCGCAAGUAGUCAGCUAACGAUUAGAGAUCUAAUUGUAAGAUAGCAAUUAGUGCAGCAGUUGUCGGCUACGGCCCAUCAGCAGCUUGGCCAUAUUUUCAUGGAUACAUGUUUAGGACCGACUCUUUACGGAGUUGCUCCUCGACGUGACAGAAUGUGACACCAUGGUGGAUGAGGAUUGGUGUGAUGAAAUGAUGGACCACAAGAGACGAGGUCAUCCACCCGUUUUCCAGGAAGGGUGGAUGCCACCCUCCCAGGCUCUUGCACAUUUGUGGUACUUCCUUGUUUCCUUGCUCUUGUUGACUUUUCUUCCCUUUCCUCAUUUUGUUGCCGCGGCGACACAAACAGCUGUGUGAGGUGGCCCCCCGUAUCAUUGUGAACAUGAAGAUAUCAUGUUGGGCUGCAAACUUUCUUUGUCCAUUUGUUAGCAGUUUUAUCUUAUGAACCAUGACUCUUUUUUGUUAUUCAAUAUUAGUUUUUAUGUUAUCAACUAUUAUUAAAUAUUAUAGAUUUUAUGUGAACUACUAUAAGUUGUUAUUAAAUAUUAUACUUUUUAUGUUAACUACUAUCAUUUGUUAUUAAAUAUCAUAGUUUUUAUGUUAUUAACUAGCAUAGUUUUUGUCGACUAUUAUAGAUUUUAUGUUAUUAAAUAUUAUAGUUUUUAUGUUAACCAUUAUAAUUUGUUAUUGAAUAUUAUAGUUUUUAUGUUAUUA